CAGCAAGUCCGUCGAGAUGGCCACCCUGGUCGCAUAACGUCAGCGCUUGUCAGUUUGGCAAGCCUAGAUAUACGUGACAAGACAAAACGUCAAACCAUUUCUAUAAGUAUAUGCCACGCUACAUUAUUGACUGAAUUCAUCUAACUAAAGUGUAUUUCUUGAAGUUAUUGGCUAAAUUAUUUUAAAACAAGCAAAGUUCUUUGAUCGGUUAUAAUUUGUACUUGAAAUAAAAGGAAUCACUGAAAAGUACGAUAAUUGACCUAACCUAUAUUAUAUACUAAACUAAUUAUUAUAAUCUGUUUUUUUUAGUUUUGAAGCAUCGCUGAAGUAAAGUGCUAUCGAAAUUCAGUCCGUUUUUCUUCUCUACUGAUCGAAAGAACAAACUUCAAAAUUUUCAAUGUCGGAACCACAUACACCGGAGGUUGAGGUCGAACCAGCCUGUAACUACGCGGCAUGCGAGCACCCGGACAAAGCAGGAGAAUUCGUUCAGUGUGAUAAAUGUGGUUCGUGGUGGCACUUUACUUGCGCCGGUGUCACCGGAUCUAUCGCGGACAGAGCUUGGUCAUGCUCGAAGUGCACCACAACAUCGAUUAUCUCUCCGGGUGGUGAAGGCUCUGCAAGUGCUUUAGCUCGAAACCUAACCCUGCUCAGAGAACGGCACGAGCGCGAGAAGAAAAGGAUGGAGUUAGAGUUGCAACGGAAGUUUCUCGACGAGCAACAGCGCUUAUUGGACAUAUCGGCGGCAGAAGAUGUCGGAAGUACAGGUUCUAGGGUGUUGAACGACUGGUUAAACGGUCACGAAGGAGAAGAAGGCGCGGUAGGAGGUACAGCAAACCCGCCAGCAGCCUCUCAAAUUCAGCCACCAGGGAUUCCCAAAGAACCAGAUGCAGUACAGGUGAUCAAAGAUUUGCAGGCGCAGCUCGCCCAUUAUCAGCGCGCGUCUGUGAUGCCACCACCGCCUCAAAACCAACUAAGCGAGUUGAAUCGUCAGCUAGAACUCUGUAGGGCACAGCUAGAAAAACUCAACAUUCCCGAUUCGCGCCCAGCUGCAGGAAGGCCGAAUGCUACAUCUACGCCGCCAUUCAACGAUCCAUGUGUUCCGUUUAAUACUGAACGGCCGUUACAGCUGCCACGGUUAUUUUCGCAAGGAGUUGUUCCCAAGCAUAUUCCCCGACAAGCGGUAAGUAGGCCCGAACCAGUACCGCUGGAUAGCUCGGUGCCGCCUGCUUUCGCCGAACUGCGGCGCCCUCCGAUAGCGCAUCCAGUCAAUUCAAGCGGCAUAGAAGGAUCCAACAAUUCCGUUGGAAACCCACAGUAUCGUAGGCUCGGGAACUACGUACCACCAAUUGUAGGACCAACUCAGCAGCAACUCGCGGCUCGUCAAUCGCUCGGGCGCGACCUUCCGGUGUUUUCAGGAAACCCCGCUGACUGGCCGAUAUUUAUAUCGAACUACAAUUACACCACUGCCGCUUGCGGAUUCACCGAUGGGGAGAAUAUGCUUCGGUUGCAAAGAUGUCUUAAAGGCGCCGCGUUAGAGAGCGUCCGAAGUCGGCUGGUAUUGCCAGCAGCAACUCCUCAAGUCAUCGAAACGCUCAGGAUGCGUUAUGGGCGACCAGAACUUUUGAUUAACGCUCUACUCGAGAAGGUUCGAUCAAUCCCGGCGCCGAGAUCGGAUAGACUGGACGGACUCAUCGAGUUCGGCGUAGCGGUACAGUCAUUAUGUGACCAUAUAGAGGCUGCUAACGAACACGACCACUUGUCGAACCCGUCGCUCGUGCAGGAGCUAGUGUCGAAACUGCCUGCCGAUCAAAAACUGAUGUGGGCGGGAUACAAACGUGGUGUUCCGAUAGUAAACUUGAAGACAUUCAGCGACUACAUGAUGGAAGUGGUUCAAGAUGCAUCCAGCGUGAUUUCGUUUGAACCAGAAGUUCGGAAACCAGCUAAGAAGGUCACGUCGAAGGGCUUCAUAAAUUCACACAAUGCUGACGUCCCUGAAGAGGCUUCAGGACCCAAGGUCGCUAAACAAAGAGAAUGUAUGGUUUGCAGCAAAUCGGGUCACUAUGUGAAGGAAUGUGGUAUCUUCAAAGCGUAUACUGUCGAUGAACGAUGGCGCAAGGUUCGAGCCUUAGGAUUAUGCCAGAAUUGCUUGUUCGGGCACGGAAGGCGCUCUUGCCGAAUUGCAAGCCGGUGUAAUGUCGAUGGAUGCCAGUUACGUCACCACUCUUUGCUACAUUCGGCGCAGCGCCUGACCCAAGUCGUUGAAAACCAUACCCACCAGCUGAUGGGUUCGAAGGUGCUUUUCCGGAUAAUUCCGGUAACUUUGCACGUGAACUGGCAAACCAACUCGGCGUACAUGGACAUUCGCGGUCUUUGUGUCUUCGUUGGACUGGCAAUACAUCUAGAGUCGAACAUAAAUCCCAAGCAGUGA